UCUCCUGCCCCUCCUUCUCUUCCCUUGGUCUGUCCGUGUGCCUGACAGCCAUGGAAAUUGACAAUCCGAGGGCUGAGCAACCGGCGGCAACCUUACCGACGAAACCCAACUUUCAACCUCUAAAGGCCCACGAAAUCUCAGACGGCCAUGUCCAGUUUCGCAAAGUUACAGUCCCACAGCAUCGGUACACUCCACUGAAGAAAGUAUGGAUGGAAAUCUACAAUCCAAUCUUCGAGCAGAUGAAGAUUGAUAUCCGAAUGAAUCUCAAGAAACGUCGGGUCGAGCUGAAAACCCGAACCGAUACUCCCGACAUCAGCAACCUACAGAAGUGCGCUGAUUUCGUUCAUGCUUUCAUGCUAGGGUUUGAUGUUUGUGAUGCUGUUGCUUUGCUCCGUUUGGAUGAGUUAUAUGUGGAUUCGUUCGAGAUCAAGGAUGUGAAGACUCUAAGAGGUGAGCAUUUGUCUAGGGCUAUUGGUAGAUUGUCUGGGAAAGGAGGAAAGACGAAAUUUGCUAUAGAGAAUUCGACGAAGACUAGGAUAGUAAUUGCAGAUAGCAAGAUACAUAUAUUGGGAUCGUUUUUGAACAUUAAGAUUGCUAGAGAUUCACUUUGUAGUCUCAUUAUGGGGUCUCCUGCUGGUAAGGUUUAUUCCAAGCUCAGAGCUGUUACUGCUCGGGCCGAGAUGCUUUAAUUUU